ACAUUCUUCACUCUCAAAACACAACAAAAACAAUCAAAAAACAAAACGUGCAAUAAACAAACAUCACAAAACAAGAAUGGAUUUCAGGCUAAUGGGUUUGGAUUCACCACUCUUCAACACACUUCACCACAUAAUGGACCUCACAGAAGACACAACAGAGAAGAAUCUAAACGCGCCAACACGAACCUAUGUUCGCGACGCAAAAGCAAUGGCAGCAACACCAGCAGAUGUGAAGGAAUAUCCAAAUUCAUACGUGUUUGUUGUCGACAUGCCAGGGCUGAAAUCUGGUGACAUUAAGGUUCAGGUUGAAGAUGACAAUGUGCUUCUGAUAAGUGGUGAGAGGAAAAGAGAAGAAGAGAAAGAAGGUGCUAAGUAUUUGAAAAUGGAGAGAAGAGUUGGUAAGUUUAUGAGGAAAUUUGUUUUACCUGAGAAUGCUAAUGUUGAAGGUGUUUCUGCUGUUUGUCAAGAUGGUGUUUUAACUGUUACUGUUAACAAAUUACCUCCUCCUGAACCUAAGAAGCCUAAGACUAUUGAGGUUAAGAUUGCUUGAGCUGUGUUGGAUUCAAUGUGUUUGCAAAUUAAGAACUAUGUCUGUUCUUUUUUUGUAGUUUUUGUUUGUGUGGCAAUGGUUUGUGUCUUUUUGUAGUUGCCUCAUGUGAUGAUCCCGUCAUGUAAUAAUAUGAAUAUGAAUGGAUUUUAAUUACCUUUGUUA